UAAAGAAAUAUAUAGUAUGUACAUUCUAUAUGUAUACAUAAACGUAUAUGUUAUAUACUCAUAUAUAUAUAUAUAUACACAUACACACACACACAUAUAUAUAUAUGAGUAUAUAUUUAUACUUACAUAUACAGAUUGCAUGUACAUACCCAUAUACAGAUACACACACACAUACAUAUAAUAUAUAAUAGCCAGUAGGAAAAAAUCUGUACAUUACUAUAUAACGAGAGGAAAAAGCGAAAAUUCUGGUGUAUAGUAAGAAAUGAUAGAUUCGUUAGUUUUAAUUUAUCACGACGAUUAUGACGAUGUUAAAUGAUUAAUAAUUAUUAAUAAACCACUGUAUUUUAUAAUGAUCGCUGUACGAACAUAUUAUUAUUCAACAACUUAAUUAAUUUUAAUUCAUUAAACUUUCAUUAUGAUUAUUGAACUAUUAAAGCAAAAAAAAAAUUGUGUUACAUAAAGUAUGUUUAUCAGUAGUUAUUUUUUUUUUCUCUUUAAGCAGCCGAAAACGAUUCUCUUUUUUUUUCUGUCAUUUUUCAAAUGUUUUUUAAUCGUCGACGUACCAUCGGUCGGUAAGUAGCGUUUUAUCAACAAUUUAUCGACGAAUGAUUAUCAUAUCAUGGUAUCGAUGUAAUUAUAAUCGUUUAUAGAAAUUCUUCUCAUAUUUUCCUGGUUAUCAUACUUGGAUGGAAUAUUUUCAGAGAAAUAUCCUCGUAUUUUUUCGACAAAUUCAAAAUAUUUCGAAUACCAUAAAUACUGAUCUCAAUGAAAGAAAGAGAGAGAGAGAGAGAGAGAGAGACAGAGAGAAGAAGGAUAGUGAUUAAAUAUAGCCUAAAGUAAAUGAUCGAUUGCGAAUAAAUUUAAUCGAGAUAUUAAAAGAGAAAUCUCCAACGAGUAAUAACAUCCAACGAUUGCAUCCGUCUGUGGGACGUAUUUAAGGAAGAAGAAAAAAAAAAAUAAAUAAAUAAAUAAAUAAAAAAAAAAAAAAAUAAACGACAACAUCGAUAAAAAAAUCGAAGAAGGAUGGAAAGAAACGGUAGUUCGGAUUAUUGGCAAAAUUUGAGCUCGUCUAACGUCAGUUAUUACACCGACGACACAAUAAUGUCGAAUUUGAGCGUACAAAUAAUAUUCUGUAUAUUUUACGGUAACAUAUUUAUAUUGGGUGUAUUCGGAAACGUAUUAGUAUGUUACGUAGUAUUACGUAAUCAACAGAUGCAAACCGUUACGAAUCUCUUUAUAACGAAUUUAGCGUUCAGCGAUUUACUUUUGUGCGUAUUGGCAGUACCAUUUACGCCGUUGUAUACAUUUUUAGGUGGUUGGAUAUUCGGUAGGAUGUUGUGCCAUUUGGUACCGUACGCACAGGGUGUUAGCGUUUAUAUAAGUACAUGGACACUAACCAGUAUAGCGAUAGAUCGUUUCCUCGUAAUAUUAUAUCCGUUUCAUCCGCGUAUGAGAAUUGAAAUUUGUUGGACGAUAAUAUUCGGUAUAUGGAUAGUCGCGUUAAUGUUGACCCUACCAUAUGGAUUUUACAUGCAAUUCGUUGAAACAUACACGUAUUGCGAGGAACACUGGCCAAGCGAACCAUUCCGAAAGGUUUUUAGUUCGUUCACAACGAUAUUGCAAUUUCUCGUACCGUGUUUCGUAAUAACACUGUGUUACAUAUGCGUUUGGAUUAAAUUGAAUGACAGGGCAAGGUCAAAGCCCGGUAGCAAAAGUAGCAAACGCGAGGAAACCGAUCGUGAAAGGAAAAAACGUACCAACAGAAUGUUGGUGGCUAUGGUAAUAAUAUUUGGAUUCUCAUGGUUACCAUUGAACAUCGUUAACAUCAUCAAUGACUUUUAUCCACCUGCCAACGAUUGGUCUUAUUACGGACUUUUCUUCUUCAUGACCCAUUGCCUCGCCAUGAGCAGCACCUGUUACAAUCCAUUUCUCUACGCCUGGCUCAACGAUAAUUUUCGCAAGGAAUUCAAACAGGUUCUACCCUGUUUCUCAAGGACGUCGACGAACAAUACACCGCGAUUAACGGAGGGUUGCAGAAGCGAGAAACUCUGCAAUGGAAAUAAUACUGUACAAGAAAGUCUAUUACCUAGUCAAGCAAUCAGGGUCCAGGUGACACAGGGUUGCGAAAUGAUAACCUUGAAUCCAACGACGACGAAUAAUACGAAGGAUCAGGAUCGUCGUUCGAGCACGUCCAAGGAUUUCGAAGAUGCCAUUCUCUAAAAGGAAUCAUAAGCUUCGUUCAACAGCUGUGCUUUUUGAAGUUUGACUUCUUCAACUGAAGAUCACAAUCGAAGAGUGUGGAGAUGACAAAAAAAGAAAAAACGAAAAAGAAAAAGAAGUAGAAGAAAAAGAAAAAGAAGAGGCAAAAAGAAACAAAUCUCCCUAAGGCCUAGCGAAUAUUACCUGGAGAAUAAUUACUGUAAUAAAUAAUCGUUUAAACUCCAUCGUAUUUAAGUCGUAAUUCUUGAAAAUCGUUCUCAAUAAUUAUUAUUCAAAUCUCGUGUCUGUCAUUUGUAAAAUAGAACUCGUGAAAUUUGAUCUUGAAAUAAGUAAAGGUUGGGGAAGGGAGAGGGCGCGUAUCGUCAAAUAAAAGUUCAUAACUAUAAUAAUAAUUUAGGAGACGUAAAAAUAUUAAAGAGGGAAAAAAAGAAAAAGAAAAAGAAAAGAAAAAGGAAAAAAAAAGAAAGAAAAAAAGAAAGACAAAAAAAAAAGAAAAAGAAGAAGAAGAAGAAAAGAAAAAAUACAAUUAUCAAAAAUUCAUCGAGUGUGUGCAGUAUUAACUCGUGUAAUUUUUUGUGUGUACGUGUGUACGUAUGUAUCUGUAUAUGGUAUGUAUUUGUAUAUGUGCGAAUACGUGUGAAUGCAUAAAUGUUCAAUAAUUAAACGGCCUCUCUCUCUCUCUCUCUCUCUCUCUCUCUCUCUCUCUCUCUCU